AUGCAGUUGUCGCGUACAGCCUACCGCGCCGUCCUCUUUCACCUUAGCGUGAAUCCAAUCCUCGCUCGCGCCUCCAUCCCCAGCGCCUGGUCCCUCAGCACCUCACAGUUCCCGCAUUCCUGUGGAACCUCCACCCGACUUUACAGCAUCCUCUUCCCACAGUGCGCACCUUGCAACAGAACCCUCGAGUCAAUCCGCCACUCGCACACAAUGCCCUCCUCCACCUCUCCUUCAGACCAGACCCCCGCCAAGCAAGAGACUGGCGAAUCGCAGCAACAAGAAAGCACGGAAGCGAAAGCUUCGAAGGAACAACUCUAUCUUCCAUCGACCGAAUCGCCCAGUGACGGUCAACCGAAGCAACUCCGCCUCGACCUCGGUGCUGAUGGGGGCGUUUCACUGGAUCACCUUGGUCCGAUGGUUGUCAAUGUUGAUGGGACAUUGUCGCGAAUUGGCAAUUGGGACCAGAUGACUGAGAUUGAGCGCCAGAAUACGUUGCGGGUCUUGGGGAAGCGGAAUAAGCAGCGCUUGGAGAAGUUAAGGGCUGCCGAGGCCGCUGGGGAGCAGAAAUAG